AGGUAUCAAAAUUUUGACACCUGGAACUGGCAAGAGAGGGCGGCUGAGAUUGAGUUGUACUCGUUGUCCAAACGUCUCAGUGUGGUCUUCACCACCUUCGAAGCUCUGCCGGUGCUGGGCGCCAUGCUCUUCCGCACGGGUUACACGGGGCUCCAGUCACGCUGGCCGUUGAUCAUCAGCUUUCUUCUUGCCUUUUCUUUGGACUUCACGCGUCGGCAAGUGCCCUUCCUGGAAAAACAGCUGUGCCUCUUGCAAGUCCAAGCAAUUCAGCGCGAAGAAUCCUUGAUCAAGCUGUCAUGGCAAGGGGAUGAUGUGCAGGGCGUGUGCAAGUUGCAGCUUGCCGCCAUCAUGGCUCUCAGUUUGCUGAUGAUGCUGCCGUGCAUCUUCGGCAUCGCCGAGGUCAAGGUGAGAUCCUCGGUCUUCUCCUGUUGGUUGGGAGUGGCCUUCAUGCUUCUGGUCCAGAUCAGAACGCUGUGCAGCCGAGUCUUGGUGGAUGAGGUUUACAACCAGUGCAACAAGUCUGGGAAGCCCAGCGUGACCAGGCCUCCCUUUGAGGUCCCAACUACUGCAGAGGACAUGCAGUUGUGGGCUGUGCAGCUCUUGAAGCGCUCUGGGCUCCUCUUUGGGGAGGAUUUUGUUCGCGAGUGCGAGAUCAACCUCAAGAAGGACCAUGUGCCGUUGCUGGGAGCCCCGUGCGUGCUGUUUUCCAGGUAUGGUUUGGGAGAAGGUUUCUCCAACUUGACCAAGAAGAAGGUCCAUGAUGCUGCCACCAAAUUUCAGAAGUCAACUACCCUGUCCUUUCACGAAAAUGUGGAAGGCUACGAGGAGGCCUGGUAA